CAGCUGCUGCAGCUUGUGCCAUGCAUUCCUCCUGAGCUUAGCGGCGCCCUCCUCAGCGGCGGGCUGGCAGGAUGCCAGUGCAGGCGGCCCAGUGGACAGACUUCCUGUCCUGUCCCAUCUGCUACAAUGAGUUCGACUGCAGCGGCCACCAGCCCGUCAGCCUGGGCUGCUCCCACACCGUGUGCAAGACGUGCCUGCACAAGCUGCACCGCAAGGCCUGCCCCUUCGAUCAGACGCCCAUCAGCACCGACAUAGACCUGCUGCCGGUCAACUGCGCCCUGCUGCAGCUGGUCGGAGCGCAGGUCCCAGAUGUUCAUCCUGUGAGCCUGGACAGCUCAGCAGAUGUUGAGCACUAUGAGGUCUGCAGAUUGUGUGUAGAAGAGCUGGCUCUCUACCUGAAACCUAUCAGCAGCACAAAAGGUGUGGCGAACCUGAGUCCGAGCGUGCUCAGUCGGCCCAUGCAGAGGAAGCUGGUGACCCUGGUGAACUGCCAGCUGGUGGAGGAGGAGGGCCGAGUGCGGGCGGUCCGUGCAGCCCGCUCACUCGGGGAGCGAACGGUAACCGAGCUCAUCCUUCAGCACCAGAACCCCCAGCAGCUCUCUGCCAACCUCUGGGCAGCGGUGCGGGCACGGGGCUGCCAGUUUCUCGGGCCUGCCAUGCAGGAAGACGCGCUGAAGCUGGUUUUGCUGGCUCUGGAGGACGGUUCGGCUCUGUCCAGGAAGGUCCUGGUACUGUUUGUCGUCCAGAAGCUCGAAGCCCGGUUCCCUCAGGCGUCCAAAACCAGCAUUGGGCACGUGGUGCAGCUGCUCUACAGGGCCUCCUGCUUCAAGGUGACGAAGCGCGACGAGGACUCCUCGCUGAUGCAGCUGAAGGAAGAAUUUCGUAUAUACGAGGCACUGAGGAGGGAACACGACGCUCAGAUCGUGCACAUCGCCAUGGAGGCAGGCCUUCGAAUCUCACCUGAGCAGUGGUCCUCUCUGCUGUACGGAGACCUGGUCCACAAGUCACAUAUGCAGUCCAUUAUUGACAAGUUGCAGUCUCCAGAAUCGUUUGCAAAGAGCGUCCAGGAGCUGACAAUUGUUCUUCAGCGGACAGGAGACCCUGCUAACCUCACAAGCCUUAGAACACACUUAGAGCUACUGGCCAACAUAGACCACAACACUGAUGCUCCCGCUCCAUCUUGGGAAGAACUGGAAGAUGUGAUGCUGGCGGUGAAGCUGGUGGUUCACGGACUGGUUGAAUUCAUACAGAACUUCAGCAAGAAGAGUCACGAUGCUCCACAGCCUCAGGCCAACAGCAAGUAUAAGACCAGCAUGUGCAGAGAUCUUCGUCAGCAGGGAGGCUGCCCGCGAGGAACUAACUGUACCUUUGCACACACGCAAGACGAGCUGGAGACAUUUCGACUAAAGAACAAGAAGAGCAGCAUCGUGGUCCGACCGUUCCCUCCAGCCAAUAAAUGCCUGAAAGACUCAGCAGAGACCACCGCCUCCCUGACAGAGGGAGUUUCCUGUCUGACUCACCCACAACUGAUCUCCAGAGGGCCCGGCGCGAUGGAGGAAGCCAAAAGAGCCGUGGCAAACGGAACCAGCAUGGCUGACGGUUCCAACGGGCUCUCUGGUACCAAUAGAAUCCCAUCAGGGUCAACAGAGCAGAAGCCCACCUCUCCUGCCAGGACCCCAGUGAGCCACUCCUCUGCUCCGUCUGCCUUGAAUACAGCUGGUGGUGCUGAUGGUGCUUCUUUACCCAGACACGGUCAGUUCAUUCUAUCCACACCACAUCCCUCUCAGGCGUCAGAGCUGUACUACCAGGACCCCCACCCUGCUUAUGACACGACUCACUGUCAACCGUCCUCAGGUUCCUACUACCCAUCCGCUCUUCACCCCCCUCACAAACCUUGUAUGGCUCGUUUCCCCCGAUCGUCCAACGUCCCAGAAUCCUCUCUUCCGCCUUCCAUGGGUCUUUCGCCGUCUUCUUACCCAAACAACCCUCAGACAGCACAUCCUCCUUCUUCUUCGUCGUCUUCCUCGGAGUACCUACCACACCCGCAAAGGAACCGUAUGGGACCUCCCCACUUUCACCCCCACCCGGGCCAACCCAAGUAUGGACCGUUGGCACCUGCUCACGGUGUUUACGCUCCUCUCUACGACAGCAGGAGAGUUUGGAGGCCUCAGCUGUACCACAGAGAGGAUGCCAGGAGCAACUCGCUGCCUCCAGAGGUGCUGCAUUCCUCCAUCUACCAGCCUCCGCUCAGGGAGAGGUUCAACUCUCUGGACAACUACUGUUCUGGAGCUGAGCACCGAGCCGGGUUGCACAGGUGCUCCGUCUCUCAGGACUACAGACGCGUUCCUCUCGGCUACGAGGAUCUGUACAGACGGAAGCAGGACCAGUGGACGUCUAUCCACCACCAUCACAAUCCCAGCAGGCCCUCCCAGUCUUCGCCCAUCUUCACGGAUUAUGGAGCAGAGCAUAUGGAAAGCAGUGGAGGUCAGUGCGCCGGAUGCCGGUUCAGAGAUGAGGAAAGUUUGUUGCGCUACUCUCCGUGGUCCUGCGGUACCGCCGGGUCCUGCCUCAGUCCCUUUGAGCCUGAAGCUCUCGCACAAAUCGCAGCUCACUCCUGCUCGGAGCAUCCGGAGGUGGACAGUAACGAAGGAGAAGCUGGUGGCAAGAAACAGUGGCUGCACACGUUGGAUCACUACAGGCGUUUGAAGGACGAGGAUCCGAUUAUUCCCUUCAGCGAAGCGCCCAUUAUUUCAAAAUGGGGUGCCAUUUCCAGGGCGGCUCGCACCGGUUACCACACCACCGAUCCCAUCCAAGCUACCGCCUGCCAGGGCAGCGCCAGCACCACACCCAUCAACUUUAAAGAUUACAACCAUCAUUUGGACCAUAGUGACUACAGGUGGAGCUCCAGAGGCUCUGACUCCUCCAGCCACUCCAGUUUCUAUGAGAGUGAGCAUCUUUGUGCAUCGGAGCUGGACAGCUGUCAAACUUCCAUAGGAAGUGGAGAAAACAUUGGGUUUGACCUGCAAAACCGCCAGACCACCUUCAACCUGGAUCAGAACCAAGCCGAGAGCGAACUGGACACGAAUCGAGACAUUGAGCUUGAUCUGCGUGUUCUGGACAUUGAGGACUCAGACAACCAUGAGGUCAAAUCACAGGAAUCUUUAGAUCUGCCCAGCCCACCAUCUCAGGAUUCCUCCCACCUCCUCCCACCUCCCUGCUCAUCUCCCCUGCGCUCCUCCUCUGUAGAUGAACACCCCCAGACCAAAGGACUCAUAACAGAAAAGAUGGAUGCUCAUCUUCUGAAAAAGAUGGCCUUUAGGAAGUCUCUGUCUCCAGUAGGGCUGACCUCAGGGGGUCUGAGCAUUGGGAAGCUGGUGCUGCGAACUGGGCCUCCUCAACUGGGCGACGCUUCAACCAGAGCUUGUCCUGAAACUCCUGGCACAGAGAAGGCGCUCAACGAGAGCUGAAGGUCGCAAAAUCUGACACCGAGCUCAAAUCUCUUACACAGAUUCUGGUCAAAGGGAAUGCCAUUUAUUUCCAGCCUUAAUAAAAGUCAAAUGCCUAAAUAAAACCGGACAACUAUAGGUUAGUGUGUAAAACACACCGGACCGCCCCCGAAGUGGGGAUUUUCAAAAAAGGAAUUAAUGCUGAUGUUGUUCUGGUUUACCAUUUUGAAAGUGGCAUUUAAAAGCAGAAUUGGAGGAAAUCAUUAUCUUUAACACCUGAUUGGUCACUUCAGAGUACAUAUCACAC